UACCUCCCCGAUCUCUUCCUGAAGAUCAUGUACAGAAAUUUGCCACAGAAAUUCACAAUUUACCCGAGAAUCCCAGAGUUGUAGGCGUUUUUAUUUGGAGGUGUCAGAAAGUAAAAGUCUUGCCACGUAUUUCUUCCAUUCAUUAACUAAACCUGCUAAUUCUCAUUUUCUUAGCAGAUCCCCUGAGAGAAGUCGUGCAGUAAGAUACAUUUUAUGAUUUCAGAUUCCCCAACCAUGAUUUUUCUCAUAUUCCAGAUUAUCAUCCCGACAUUAGGUGUGAUUAUAAUCUGCCUAGCUUUGUGUAAAUGUUUCUAUGAGUGUUGGAAACCGAGAGAGCAUCGGAGACAGCUGGCACAAGCAUCAGCACAUACUCUGGAACCUCCUCCGUCUGUUUACAUCAUCCCAGUCUCACAGGCUCAAGAACAACGACAUAGACCAACGCAACCGCAGUACAACCUGCCACAGCAAUACCCUCCUCCUCCAGCUUAUAACCAGCUGAUGCCGAAGCCUGACUUCCCCAGUGUUCCUCCUCCUGCCUAUACAGAAGUCAUCGGCUCUCCGAUCAACCCUUCCGCCCCAGGUCAGAUCACUCCAUCCCGCCCUCCGCUGCCUCAGUGACCCGAGAGUGUGAAGGGAAGAACCGUAACUGUGCAAUAGAAAGCUGAAAAUGUCCUUCCUUCCAACACAACGAUAAACAAACGACAGGAAUUAAAAGUCAAAGCUGCUAUUUUGGUCAAAUCUGUGAAAUCAUGUACAUAUUUGUAAGAUAAUAUAAAUGUAUUUUCAGUUUUGUAUGUAAAUGAACAGCAAGCAUGUAAAUAAUGGUUAAAUACUGGAACAUUUUAUAGGUAUCAACUUGUAAAUUAUUAAACUAGAUUAAGCAUUUAAAAAAUGAACGAGCAAAACUUUCAACUCAAGUAUUAAAGAAAUGUUA